GGUCAGAUAACACUAAUGGAUGUUCCUGUGUUUAAAGCAAUUCAGCCAGAGGAGCUGGCAAGCUGUGGCUGGAAUAAAAAAGAGAAAUACAGUUCUGCACCAAAUGCUGUUGCUUUCACCAGAAGAUUCAAUCACGUAAGCUUCUGGGUUGUUAGAGAGAUUCUACAUGCGCAAACUUUAAAAAUAAGAGCUGAGGUUUUGAGCCACUAUAUUAAAACUGCGAAGAAACUGUAUGAGCUGAAUAAUCUGCAUGCUCUUAUGGCAGUUGUGUCAGGCCUACAGAGUGCUCCAAUCUUCAGGCUGACUAAAACGUGGGCGCUGUUGAGUCGGAAGGAUAAAGCCACUUUUGAAAAGUUGGAGUAUGUUAUGAGUAAAGAAGAUAAUUACAAAAGGCUUAGAGACUAUAUCAGCAGCUUGAAGAUGACUCCUUGUAUUCCCUAUUUAGGUAUUUAUCUGUCAGACUUGACGUAUAUUGACUCCGCCUACCCAUCAACAGGGAGCAUUCUGGAAAGUGAGCAAAGAACAAAUUUAAUGAACAACAUUCUUCGAAUUAUCUCCGAUUUACAGCAGUCGUGUGAAUAUGAUAUUCCUCUGUUGCCUCAUGUCCAAAAAUAUCUAAACUCAGUUCAGUACAUAGAAGAACUACAAAAGUUUGUAGAAGAUGACAAUUACAAACUUUCAUUAAAGAUAGAACCAGGGACCAGCACCCCACACUCUGCUGCUUCCAGAGAAGAUUUAGUAGGCUCUGAAGUCGGAGCGUCUCCACAAAGUGGACGGAAAAAUGUUGCAGCGGAAGGAGCCUUGCUACCACCAACACCCCCUUCACCUAGGAACCUGAUACCACAUGGACAUAGGAAGUGUCACAGUCUGGGAUACAAUUUCAUACACAAAAUGAAUACGGCUGAAUUUAAAAGUGCAACAUUCCCCAACGCAGGACCAAGGCACCUACUGGAUGACAGCGUCAUGGAGCCUCAUGUCCCAUCGCGGGGGCAGGCAGAAAGCUCCACCCUUUCUAGUGGAAUUUCAAUAG